AUUUAAACAAACUCAUGUCAAUGGUCGCCAAACUUAUGAGCCUGUGUGCUAGAAUAGCAUUUAUCCCAUUUAUAAAUCUUCUAGUGAGCUACUACCAAGGAAUAUUACACUGAAGAAAAUACGGUUGUUCAACACGAUUCCUGCAAGGUUGGAGCCGGUCACUGUAGUUCCUUGUUCAGGUUUAAGCAUCUGGCAACUAUCUAGCUGCUGAAGUUGACGAUGAUAAUGAUUCUGCUGAUCAGAUGAGAACAGAGAGGAUCAGCUGAUCAGAUGAGAUUAAAUUGAGAGUAUCAAACUUUCACAAAAAAUUGUGCCAUGGAUGAUACCAACUCGUCUGCACUUGAGUUGGAGCUCAAUGACAUCUGCUCAGGAUUUGUUUCCGAGGAGCUACGGAGUGGAGUUGGCCAAAAUAUUUGGUAUGACAAUAAGCUCGAAGAUUUGGAUUUUGAACUCAAUAAUGCUGAUUCUCAACAUGUGGGUAGUGUUAUUGAUCAUAACGACUAUACUAUUUCGGCUGAUCUAAAUCAAAUUUUUGAUCACACCUACUAUAGCUUGUCAACAGAUAUAAACGGAAUUUUCGACCACAAUAGUUACACCAUGUCAACUGAUCUCAAUCCAACUACUGAAGAUCAAACCCAUUCCACCAUUGCGCCCGACAAAUACAACAAUAGCAACAACGUUUACAACCUAAUUACCGAAAACCAAUUACCAUUAAUGGAAUCAUCUGGUUCAAUAGAUGACAGCAAAACAGUUCAUAUUUCCCCUAGUUCUUCUUCAUUUCACAAUCUAGAGGAAGUUAGUAAUAUUAAUUCAUAUUCUACUUGUAGAUCUAGUCUUCCAAGAGAACAUCAUAGUUCACCAACGAAAAGCGAAACUGCUCGUUUCCCAUGUGGUACGGAAACUGAGAGUGGUUUUACAAAGUAUCGUGCUAUCAGUUUCGAUAAUUCAUCGGGGUUGAAUCAGUUGCAUAUCAAUAAUAAACAAGAAAAAACUGAAAAACAGAUAAUUAAAUCCUCGAAAAAGCCUCAAAGAGAUGGCAAAGUGCAAAAGAAUCAGUCAUCUACAGAAGUAGAUCUCUGUAGAGUAAGGAAAUUUGAUUUUUGUAACGGGUCUUUACAAGAUUUCCCACCAAAAAAAUUCAGUUACAACUGCGAAUUGAAAAAAGCAAACUUUAUGGAACCUAAAAAAGUACUGUAUUAUACGGGAAUCCCGAACUAUGAAUAUUUCAUGACAAUUCUCAAUUGUUUGAACCUCCCAUAUAUAAGUACUGCCGCUCCUUUCGAAAUGAUGCUAGUCACUUUAAUCAAAAUCAAACUGAACCUCGAUUGGACCGAUCUUGCCUUCCGAUUUGGAGAAUGUGAAGAAAGCAUAAGGGUCAUUUUCGGUUUCACUGUUUCAAUUCUUUCAAGAUGUGUCUCGAAAUUAGUAAGAUGGCUACCUGAAUCAACUUCAGGUACUGGAUCUCGAAUUUUCUAUGUGCUUCAAAUUAAUUUUAUGCCUAGUAAUUCUGUUUGUCACGAGAAAAUUUUCAUCUGCUUUUCAAACUCAACUAAUUCAGUUGUGUUCAUAUCAAACCCUACUACUGAACAGUUUUCAACUCUCAUCGAUUUAUUGAAAAACAGCGGAAUAAUGGAAGGAUUGAAACAUAAUGAUAUCAUUGUGUUCGAUAAUAGUGUUUCACUCACUUUGCAUCUUGGAGCUUCAAAGCAACAAACCAAUCCAGUACCACCGGAGAGUCUUAUUUUUCAAUUAGAAAAACUAGAGGGUCGAGCGUUCAGAAUUUUUCGAACAAUUCUGAACAAAAGAACAAGGAACCAAGUACUUUCCAUUAAAAGAAAAAUUUCUGAGUUUAAUGGGUACAAAUUUAUAAACGAUCCUAUACGUUGUGAGUGGCUGAAUAAUUCCACCAAUCAUGAAUUGCAUUGUGAUGUCAUAAGAAUUGUGUGUGGCUUUAUAAAUUUGUGCAGUACUCUGCCAUUCAAUCAGGAAAAAAUAAAAAUAUUGAUGGACGAGAGAAAAACAUUGAAUGUGGUUCUAGCACACACCAAGUAGGUAAGUGUAUGUGGCUGAUUACAUAAUAAGUAAUUAUGGCUCCAUAGUAGUGGGACUCCACUAUUUCCAUUGAUUUCUUAAUAUCAAGUUGUAACAAUAAAUGAGGAGUAACUUUUGUACCUUUUCGUUCAUGAGACUUUAUUCAACAUAAGAGUUAACAGGCAAGGUUUGUAUGAAGAAUGAACUGUGUUGUACUAAUCUACUAUUCAUAACAGAAGUCAACUGUCAUUUCAUAAAUCUUCACAUCCUUCCCCCUUCAGCAAAUGUUGACUUAUUGUAUAUUUGAGGUUUAUGUGCCAGAUAACGAAGAGGUACAGUACAUUCGCAUUCAUCCUGAUGAAUGAAUACAUACUCAGGAUUUGUCUGUAUGAGUUCCACCUAUUCGAAUUCAACUAAUGACUCAUUUUUCUAUCUGUUUACCUAACUGUGUCUCAAGCUGAUAACUAGGAAGGAAGAGAUGUGAGAACAUCCGUGGUGUAGGAAGAACAUUCGUUUGUAUGGAGUUUGCAUCAAGUAAAGUAGUCAAAUUCUAUUUGCUAUUCAUAUUGUAACAUGGUUAGUCAUAACUGUAAAAUCAAUACAAAAUCAAUAAUGCAACUGGUGAAAUUAAAUUUAAAAACCAGCCAAAUACCAAUUUUCAUAGGUAACUGAACCCUAAAAUUACAAAUAUGUAACCAUUGAAUAGUGAAACCCUUAUAUACCACUUGAAAAAAAUAUAUAUAAAAAAUAUGCUGAAGCAUUCACAUAAAAUAGGCAUGAUAUAAUACUCAUAUAACACUUCAAAUUUCAAAAGCCCCACUGUCUGAGAAGUAAAUCAACCAUAACACCUUCAAUAUCGAGAUAGGGAAUAAAUAAAAAUCUUCUAUAAUAACUGAUUCUAUAUCGCAAAACAAGGUUCUACAAUGAUUACCAAAAAUCACUACUGAUUUUUGAAACCCAACCAUAAUAAUAAGCCCUAAACUAAACAAACCUAUUGUGCCGAAAAGAACAUUUUUCUACCCAAAACCAUUAAUAUUAUUAGAACCAUGACACGAUGAAACUCAAAUAUUAUCAUGAAAUAUAAUCGAGAACAUAGUAAUCAUUACUUUGUACUGGGAAAAAAAUAUAAAACUAAAUGCGAUACAAAGAUAUAAACAUAUAAAACUGAAACUCUGCUAUCCAUAGCUGAAAAAUUCCCCUAUAAACGUUUACUAUAACCCAUGAACAAUAAACUUGGUCUAUAUUACCAUUGAAAAAUAUGUACUUCACCUUCAGCAUUAAUAAUCAGUAAUAAUAUUUUAAUAAAAUUCUAUGAGGACUUAUAAUUUAAAGGCUUAAAUCACCAGACCCCAUCGAAAACAGACCAAAUGAAAAAAUAUAACCCUAUUAUCUAACCACUGGAUGAUAAACCCAUAAAUAUUACAAUCAAUUCUGAUAAGCAAUGAUGAAAUGUUAAAUAAUUACGAAUAAUAUUUACAAAAAUUGCCUUAGGGACUUUAAUAUAUCGCAUAACUUAAAAAAAACGACUUAAAAAAUGACUAUCACCAUUAAACCUUGAUUAUUGACCCAUAUAUGAUAAAAAAUUCAAAUAUUUCAUUCAUGAAAUCUAUCAACAAUAUAUCAACCUUUAAUAACCCUUAAAAAUAUUUCAAUAAAACUUAUUUGUAAUCUUGAUAUAAUGAAAUAUAAAAUCCAAAGGGCCAAAAUUUUAAAGCGAAAUAUCACAAAACCCUUUGCCCUAAACAAAAUUAUAAUUAUCGCAAUGUUAAAAUCUAUGCUAAGAAAAUAUGAAACUGCAAUAAACAUUUUUCGAAAAUCGACUUUUUCCCAAUUUGUCUGAAAUUUCUAGUCUAACAAUCAAAAUUCGCCGCAUACCGUGUAGUCGGACAACGAUAUUAAAUUAUAGCAUUACUAGAAGCUAUAGGCUAAGCGAGGAAAAACAUAGUCUGCCAGCACUUUUACAAUAAAACGCUAUUAUUUAUGUGGCGUUUGAAAUGUGAUAUGAUUUUAAUAGACUGGCAAUACUCAUUAACUAUUACUAUAACCCAUGAACAAUAAAUUUGGUCUAUAUUACCAUUGAAAAAUAUGUACUUCUUGAAGAAAAUUAAAAAAUAACAUUUAUUCAAAAUUCUAUUGUAUUUCUAAAUAUAAAAAAACUCAACUUUCCACUUUCAAUGAUAAAAUCCUUCUAAUAAUCUUUAUUAUUUAACCAUGGAACCCCAAAAUAUCAUGAUUUUAUUAUAAAAAAUAUUACGGAAAAUGUAAUUAAUCCAGCAAUCUCAAUCAACAAAGUAAGCUGAAUAUCCUGUAAUCCAAGGUAUAAUAAUGUAACCUUACUCGCAGCUAAAGAAUCAUAUUAGUAAUCAAAAUUAUAGUUUCAUCCAUUUAAAAUACUUUUCUAAUUAUAUUAUUCUACUCUUAUCAUUAACCAUAUAGUAGUUCAAUAUUUCCUUCGCAUAGCAUCAGUUUUUGUUGUUCAUAUUAGACACAAAUUUUCUCCAAUUAUUAGAUAUCGAUUCAUGAAUUUCAUAGUAGGUAGUACAUUAAAUGACGACCAUAAAUCAACUGAAUGCAUCUAUUCUAAAAGCAGCAUUUUCUUCUGUAAUACAUUCGUUGCUGAGUCUGCUUUUCUAUCCUCGAUUGAUUUGUUUGCAGGCCUGAUUUCUCAUUAUUAUCGUUCAACUGAGACCUAAAACAUUUUCAUCAAUAUGCCUGGUACUAAAUUGCUGUGUCCUAUCAAAAAAAUAUGCUUUCUUACGUCUAGCAUUUUCCGAAAACUUUCUGCCAUCAAAAGAACACACUCUAAUAUCAUAGCCUUCUUUUUCACAAAUUUUUCUCAUCUUCGUAUGUAUUCGGUCAUUGUAGCUCAAGGUAUAAAAACAGUUCCGAGUUAGAUGAUUAAAUUUAUCACAAAUUUUAUAUUUCCUACGCUUACUUUUUCGCUUUCCAUUAUUAUGAACAACACUAGUAUUUUGAUUCACUGAUAGAUUUUGAACACUUUCUCAAUAGAAUCGUGUUCAUUACAAAUUAUAUCAGAGUUCACGUUCAGACGAUUUUCAAACAACCUGUUAUCAAUCCUAAAUGAAAAAUCCAAGUCACUUUCCGAUAAUUCCAAUAAAUCUUCCUUAAUCAUUUCCAUAUAUUUUUCCUCUACGUCAAAUAUUGCUCAAUAUUUUAAAAAUUCUUCAAUGGUCCUAUUGGGUAACGUGAUAAUUCUUCCAUAUAUAUGUGAAGACAAACCUCUUAAUAUAAUUCUGAUAAUCCGUGAUUCUUGCAUAUUCGAAUCUAAUUUCCUACAUAGGGAUAAAACUCUCACUACAAAAUCUCUGCCAUCUUUUUCGAAUUCAAUUCUACAAGUAUUGAAUUCCUUUUUCUAAUUUCCAAAAUUUGUAAGGAGAUCGAAAAAAAUUAAUCAAUUUUUCUUUCACUGGCAUAUAUUCAAAAUUGUUUUGUCGGGUCAAAUCGUUCUCAAUAAUUUCGAAGUAUUUCUCAGCACUUCCUUUCAAACAAGCCCGUAAAUUUAAUAUAAUAAAUUAUCCCUUUCAUCGACCCAACCAUUUGCUGAGGCAACUUUCUCAAAGUAAUAAAAAAAUCAUCAAUGUCAAAUUAUUCAUCUUUUCCAU